UUUGUUCCGUGAGUGCAGCAUGGUGAAAUCUCGCGACACUUUGUGGUGGAAUCCAUUUCCAUCAUGGCAGGGAGUAAGUUGGUACUUGAGGGAGCUGUAAGUAUUAAGAGCUUUAUUCUAGGUCUCAGCGUUGUCAUUAUACCUUUAGUGAGGUCCUGCUUUGGUCACUUUGACUGGGUCUUCGAUUACUUGACGGAAACUCCUGGAAAAAUAGCGAUUUGUUUGCACAUUGCAGUUAUCAAUGGCCUCCUGUUAGUCAUAUGCAGGGGACCUCUGUACAAGGUUGCUGUAAGAGCCUGCUUUCUUGGAGUCAUUUUUGGUUGUGGUCUAAUUAUAAGCUGUACUGAAACCACUUGGACGCAUUUUGGCUGGUAUAUGUGCUCGCUGGCAUUUUUCCAUUACUCCGAGUACUUGGUGACGGCUAUCAUUAACCCUCGCAGCCUGUCAUUGGACUCGUUCCUGCUUAACCACAGUGUGGAGUAUACGCUGGCUGCUGUCUCAUCAUGGCUUGAGUUCACCGUAGAAAAACUAACAUUUCCAGAGCUGAAGCAGCUGAGCUGGUUGAGCUUCCUGGGUCUACUCAUGGUGCUGUGUGGCGAAGCCCUCCGCAAGGCAGCAAUGUUGACGGCCGGCUCGAACUUCAACCACAUCGUCCAGAACGAAAAGGCUCACACUCACGUGCUGGUCACCAGCGGGGUCUACGCUUUUUUUCGACACCCGUCCUAUGUGGGCUGGUUCUACUGGAGCAUUGGAACACAGGUGGUGCUGUGCAACCCAGUAUGUACACUGGGCUACACCAUUGCCAGCUGGAGGUUCUUUCGGGAGCGGAUCGAGGAGGAGGAGAUUUCCCUCAUCAAUUUCUUUGCCGAGGAAUAUGUGGAUUAUAAGAAGCGGGUUCCCACCGGACUACCCUUCAUCUCAGGCAUCCGUGUCAACUAGUCGGACCACAACUCUGGGGGAGUGUACUUGACUCAAAAAAAAAGCAAGCCAGACUGUCGUCUGCGCGGUCGCAAAGAAUUUUGCGAGCUGACCCACUAGCGAGAGCAGUCCGGCAAGCAAGUGGACUGUUUUUACUUGACCAAAAUCUACAAUCCAGUGAGAAAGUCCAAAAGCUUUCACCACCUUUGCGUGUACUCUGGUAGCACUUGUUAGCAGUUUUGUUUGCAUGCUUUGACCAUGCGAGCUGUUAAACAACAACCAGGUGUCAAUGAAGAGUGGAUGGUGUCUGUUCAGAGGAAUUACAAGCAUUACAAUUGUUAGCUUGCAAAAAAAAAAGGGAUUUUAUUCAAAUAUCAUUGGUUUCUUACACUUGUCAUCCCAGCAUGUCAAGUCAGAUUGCUGUUAGAUGCGCCUGACAUGCCUUUUUUUUUUUUUUUAAUUUAAUUUUGCCGGUACUGAAUGUCUUGUUUCCGCAGAACUGGAUCUGAUGCUGUUACUACCUCUGUAGCUGGCUUUUCCCACCCACUUUUUAUGCUCUCUUCUGUGCAUUUUUUUUUUUUAUUUCUUUUUUUUUUGCCAUUUAUAUUUGUGAAUUGUGACAUUUCCAGCCUGGAAGGGCACUAGGGCUACGUAGGAAGAUGACAAUUCAUUCACGCUAGCAUACACGGACGGCAUUCAGUCAGCCACUACUUAACAAAUCAGGAGCACUGAGCGCAAAGCCACGCGAUGACGAGAACUUGAGAACAUUACAACAAAGAAAGGCUUCAAAGCGGCAGGUCCAGUCCGACGUCUUCGUGCUCUGCACGGAUGAUCCUAAGCACUGCCCUAUUUAUUUGGAAUAUUUUUUUACAGACUUAUCAUAUGUAGCGACAUUUGGAAAAAAAAAAAUAUCGGAGUUGACAACUUUUUUUUGUUUUUUUUGAACUGAUUGCCUACACCCGUUUUGUCAAUUUCAUCCCAUCCAGAGCGACGUUGCAACACUUGAAAUAAAUGUUGGUAGCACUGAAUUCAGAACAGUCAGGUGGUCAAAGACUGACUUGACGGUAAAGUUGCGUUGAAAACUGUCCUGUGUGUGUGUGUAAUGCAUUUUAUGACCUUCACUCAGGCUAAAAACCAUCACACAGUCACAUCAUUGGUUGUAAUAAACAUCUUUGGCUUUUUAUGAGUAGGCCUCAUUCCUACAAAGGGUUCUUCUCAUUUGUAUGGUUUUAUUUCUGUGUAAUGUAUUAAAUUAUUUGAGCUUUCAGAAAGUGUUGACUUCACGCUAUUUAUUUAGAGCUUCCAGUAAUGAAGCAAUACUAUGUUUGCAUAGAUGAGUUAAUAAAAUGAUUUUGACAUUC